CACCAUCUUCUCUCUCUCUACAGCUGCUUCAGUAGGUGAGACGGAAUGCUUUCUCCUCCGGUUUCGGCCAUAUCUCUCGCGGGAAAUUGACGGAGUUUGGCGAGUAAAUGGGAGAAAGUGAGGGAAAGGUUUCGAUGUAAUGGAUAUGAUUUGCUGUCUGUGGAGCCCGGUGGAGAGAGAAAGAGUAGCUUGGUUCUUUUGUUCUGCUCCUGGAAUCGAAGAGGGAAUUCUAGGUUUUUAAGGGUUUUAUCAACUGGGGUUUUGAUUGGAUGCGGAAUCCGAGGUUUGAUUGAUGCUUAUUUAGUGUAGUCCGCAAUGGCGGCUUCUUUAGCGGCACUGGAGCGGCCACGCCUCGGAGCUUCGGAUACGGUUUUCAAGAGUGGGUCUUUAUUUAUAUCAUCAAAAGGACUCGGUUGGAAGUCUUGGAAGAAGCGAUGGUUCAUCCUCACCAGAACCUCUUUGGUCUUUUUCAAAAAUGAUCCGAGUGCAUUACCACAGAAGGGUGAAGGAAAUAUGACUCUUGGAGGCAUUGACUUGAACAGUUCGGGGAGUGUCGUGGUGAGAGAAGACAAGAAGUUGCUGACUGUUUUAUUCCCAGAUGGGUGUGAUGGACGAGCCUUCACCCUCAAGGCUGAGACAUUGGAAGAGGUGUAUGAGUGGAAGACUGCCUUUGAGCAGGCCCUUGCACAAGCUCCUAAUGCAGCUCUCGUCAUGGGUCACAAUGGAAUAUUCCGGACUGAAACAAACAAUUCAACUGAAGGGUCCUUUAAUCAAUGGAGGGAUAAGCGUCUAGUUAAAUCUUUGGUUGUUGGAAGGCCAAUUUUGCUUGCUCUUGAAGAUAUUGAUGGAAGCCCAUCAUUUCUUGAGAAAGCUCUUCAAUUUCUUGAGCAAUAUGGGUCCAAAGUUGAAGGAAUCUUAAGACAGUCUGCAGAUGUUGAGGAGGUAGAACGCAGAAUUCAGGAAUACGAUCUAGGCAAGACAGAGUUCAGUCCCGAUGAGGAUCCACAUGUUGUUGGAGACUGUGUUAAGCAUGUUCUAAGGGAGUUGCCUUCUCCAGUUCCAGCAUCAUGCUGCACUGCUUUGCUGGAAGCUUAUAAAACUGAUCACAAAGAAGCUCGGAUUAAUUCACUGCAUUCUGCAAUAGUUGAAACAUUUCCAGAGCCGAACAAGCGACUCCUACAGCGGAUUCUGAAGAUGAUGCAUACCAUCGCAUCUCAUUCUUGCGAGAAUCGGAUGACCUCAUCUGCUCUAGCUGCUUGUAUGGCUCCAUUGCUCUUACGUCCUCUACUGGCUGGUGAAUGUGAUCUAGAAGACGAUUUUGGCACGAAUGGAGAUAAUUCUGCCCAGCUUCUUGCUGCUGCUAAUGCAGCUAAUAAUGCUCAAGCCAUUGUUACAACUCUUUUGGAUGAUUAUGAUAACGAAUUUUCUCAUGAACAUCUUCAAAGGUGCUCUAUUUCUGCUGAUUCGCACAUUGGAAAUAGUGGGCCUGAGAAUUCAAGUGAUGAAGAGGACAUAGAGCUGAAAGAAACUGGCUUCCAUAAUUCAGAUAUUGGGGUUGAACGAGAAACAGAUGAAGAUAAUGAGGUUGUGCUGAGCAGAAAACUGAGCGAGGGCAGUGAUUUUGCUGGAAGUGAUCUCUAUGAUUACAAGGGAUUUGGUGGUGAAGAUUCAGAUGUUGAGUCUCCCAGAGACAUCUAUUGUUCAAUUGAGAGUUCAAACAAGAAACAAAACGAAGAACCUAUUAAAGAUAUUGAAAUUUCUAGUGUCUCACCUAUUGAAAAUUGUUAUCGGUCAAGGAAAGAGAUACUAACUUCCCUCAACCCUGGUACUCCUGCUGGAUACACAUCAUCUUCUGAAAGUAAAAUUACAGACUCCUCGACAAUCAAUGGAAAACGAUCAACAUUCUGGGGAAGAGGCAAUGGGAGAAAAAAACCUACAAAUGGAUCAUUUGAUUCUUCUGGAGAUGAUGAGCUUGUCAUACAGAGGCUCGAGACCAUGAAGAGUGAGCUGCGGCAAAGAAUUGCUAAGGAGGCCAGAGGAAAUGUAAUACUUCUAACUAGCUUGGAGAGGAGGAAGCAAGCGUUGCACGAACGUCGUUUGGCACUAGAACAAGAUGUGGCCAGAUUACAAGAGCAACUUCAAGCUGAGAAGGACCUCCGGACUGCACUGGAAGUUGGGUUAAGCAUGUCUUGUGGACAACUUAGCUCCCAUAGUGUGGAAUCUAAAACAAGGACCGAGCUUGAGGAGAUCGCUCUUGCUGAAGCUGAUGUGGCCAGAUUGAAGCAGAAAGUUGCGGAACUACACCACCAACUUAACCAGCAACGCCAAAAUCACGUGAGUUCACUUGCAGAUGCUCAUGGCCAUCAUCAGUAUCAACACAGUCACAAUGCUCAGCCCAAGUUUUUCGAGCAGGACUUUGAUUCCACUCUUGCUUAUGUUAAUCACAAAAGAAAUCAAAGAAUGGAGGAGCAGGAGAGUGUUUUAGGAGCAGAAUGGAGAAACGGUAGAGGUCUGGGAUUUGUAGGGGGCGAUAAUAGGCAACCGCCAUGUGGGCAAGACCCGCCGCAGUCAACGAACUUGGUGAGCGUGUCAAUUGAUGAGUGCUCUCCAAUAUAUUCUCCAUCUGCUCCGACCGCCUCGAGAGCAGCAAAUAUUACAGAGCAUCCGAGGGCGCAUCAUCCAUCAGCAGCGCUCGUGGAGCUAACGACCCGUCUGGAUUUCUUCAAGGAGCGCCGUUCUCAACUGCUGCAACAGCUCCAUAACCUCGACCUCAAAUACGGCUCCUCCUCUUCUCAACCAUUUAUGCAGAGACCAUCAUCUUCUUCACCAUGGAAGUAGCUUUUAAGACAGCCUCAUUGAUUUUGUAUGUGAUGCCCCUUCUGUCUUUCAUGUGUGUUUUGGUUCAAAUUUUGUGGACAGCCGAUUUAUGUGGUUUUUGAUUGGUUGACAAAUACUUCAUACGCUUUUUUAUGUAUCAUUAGGCUUCAAUGUUUGCAAAAUAUUUUGCAAGUGGAAUUGUAAAGUUGUGAAGUUAGUAUGAUUGGUUCUCAAGAACAAUUUUUGUAUACA